AUGAAGCAGGGUCAAACACUGGACAACCUCUCUGCAAUGAAGCGUAACACGCUGAAGAUCUUCAGCACCAGCGGGCGUAGAGGAACGUGGGACGUUGUCGUCGUCGUCCUCAUCAUCGUCAGUGUCGGGGACGCGCUGCUUAGCGCGGAGGAGAAGUUCGCGGGCGGGGAGAUUGUGGCAGCACAGCGGGCGAUCGAGAGGGUGAUGAAGGCGGCGGUGAGGCCGGUUCCAGCGGGGGUCGUGGCUAGGGUGGUAGCCAGCUCCGACGGUCGGGCGAGCUGCAGCUCUACCACGGACCAACGCAGUCGGCUGGGAAAUGAUAUUCAGAGGCGCCGACACGGUGGCGAUCCUGAUGGAGUGGAUCAUGGCGAGGAUGGUGCUGCACCCUUCGCCAGCCUCCCCUACACCCAGUGCAUCGUCAAGGAGACGCUGCGCGUGCACCCUCCCGGGCCGCUCCUCUCAUGGGCGCGCCUCGCCGUCCACGACGCGCACGUCGGCGGCCACCUGGUCCCCGCCGGCACGACGGCGAUGGUGAACAUGUGGGCCAUCGCGCACGACCCGGCCGUCUGGGCCGAGCCGGAGGCGUUCCGCCCGGAGCGCUUCCAGGAGGAGGACGUGAACGUGCUCGGGGGCGACCUCCGCCUGGCCCCCUUCGGCGCCGGCCGCCGCGUGUGCCCGGGCAAGAUGCUGGCGCUGGCCACCACCCACCUCUGGACCGCCCAGCUGCUGCACCGGUUCGAGUGGGCGCCCGCGGCGGGCGGCGGCGGCGUCGACCUGUCGGAGCGCCUGAACAUGUCGCUGGAGAUGGCCACGCCGCUGGUGUGCAAGGCCGUGCCCAGGGUCCAAGCCUGA